AUGCGCUCCGCCGUCGCCCUCCUCUUCACCCUCCAACUCCUCGUCACCUCCGCUAUUGCUCGCCCAGGUCAACAGUCAGAGCGCGAAGACUUCUCCGUCGGUACAGUCUCGGCUAGCAAGCGGACCCUGGGCUUCUGCUGGCUCACGGGGUGUGACGAUGGGCAAUUCUGUACCUUGACCGGCACCUGCUCCACCUGCGAUGGUGGCUUCUUCCUCCUCUCAACUUCCAACACCUGCUCCAAGUGCCCAUCUGGCUACUACUCUCCCUUCGGCUCCCUCCAAUCCAUCAUUUCCCCUGCCGGUUCCUACUGCGCUGGUGACGGCAACGUAGCUCCUACACCUGCUCCCGCUGGCCAUUACUGCCCUUCUCAAGGCGCCACCACCCCCACUCCCGCCCCCGCUGGCUCUUACUGCUCCGGCACCAAGAACACCGCGCCUACCCCCGCUCCCGCCGGCUCUUACUGCUCAGGCACCGGUAACACCGCCCCCACCCCUGCACCCAAGGGUCACUCCUGCUCGGGCACUGGUAACACCGCUCCUACUCCUUGCGCCCAGGGCUUCUACAGCGACAUCCUCGGCGGCUUGACCUGCAAGACUUGCCCCCUCGGCUUCUUCUGCCCUCCCAAGUGCGAGUCCCCCCAGCCCAUCGUCUGCGCGGAUGGCAAGGAGCUCGUCGGAUCCUCGUGCGUCAACUGCGACCCCGGAGAGUUCUCCACCGGCGGCAAGGCUUGCCAAAAGUGCGCCAUCGGCUUCUACUCGUCGUCUCCCCAAUCCACCUCAUGCACUGCCUGCCCCACUGGCCAGACCACUACCACCACCGGUUCCUCCUCCUGCUCCGCCAUCACCUGCUCCGCCGGAUCCGCCAUCGUCAACGGUGCUUGCGCCCUCUGCCCCGCUGGUCAGUACUCGGACGGCAAGUCGCCUUGCUCCUCGUGUGCCGCUGGCUCCUUCUCCAAGGCUGGCGCCGCUACCUGCACAUCCUGCCCUGUCGGAUCGUACUCCUCCUCGACCGGUACCGCCAACCAGUGCACCACCUGCUCCACCGGCACUCAGGCUCUCAGCACCGGCUCUACCUCCUGCUCCCCCAUCACCUGCAGCGCCGGAUCCGCCCUCGUCAACGGUGCUUGCUCUAUCUGCCCUGCAGGUCAAUACUCGGACGGUAAAUCGGCUUGUGCUCCUUGUGCUGCCGGUUCAUUCUCCAAGGCUGGCGCUGCUACCUGCACUUCCUGCCUCCUCAACACCUUCGCAUCCGCCACCGGGACCGCCAACCAGUGCACCGCCUGCUCGGUCGGUACACAGACGCUUACCACCGGCGCUACCAAGUGCGACACCACUACCUGCCAAGGCGGCUUCUCGCUGAACAACCUCGGCGCCUGCGUGGCUUGCGCUGCUGGCAAGUUCUCGGAUGGCAAGUCGGAAUGUCUCCCAUGCCCGGUCGGCUACUUCUCCGGCGCCGGCGCCAACGCCUGCACCUUGUGCCCGAUCAACACCUUCACUUCGAGCAUCGGUACGGCCAUUCAGUGCACCAUCUGCGCUACCGGUACCCAGGCCCUCAUCCCCGGUGCGACCAAGUGCGACCCCAAGACCUGCAGCGCCGGCUCCGGUCUCUCCAACGGUGCCUGCGCCACCUGCCCGGCUGGACAAUACUCUGACGGUACCUCGGCCUGCGCCUCCUGCGCUGUCGGCACCUUCUCCAAGGCCGGCGCCUCCUCGUGCUCCGCUUGCCCCGCCAACACCUACACUGGCAAGACCGGCACGGCCGACCAGUGCACUGCCUGCGCCAGUGGCUCGACCUCCUUCCCCGGCUCAUCCUCUUGCACCACCACCACCUGUUCUCCCGGAAACUACCUCGACAUCCUCGCUGGCUCCUGCAAGCAAUGCCCAGCCGGUAGCUUCUCCCUCGACGGCAUCGCCGCCUGCGCCCCCUGUCUCCCCGGUUCAUUCUCCACCGCUGGCUCGUCUUCCUGCACCCCAUGCGCUAUCGGCACCGCCACCCUCCUCCCCAGUACCCCCAACUCCUGCCCCGCCUGCCUCUCUGGCACCACCACCUACUCCAAAGGUCAGACUAUUUGCGUCCCCGGCUGUCCCGCUGGAUCCGAGCCCGUCCUCUUUGGUAUCGGCGGAUGCAGUGUCUGCCCUACUGGCAAGUACUCCAGCAACGGCUUGGCUUGCCAGGCUUGCCCCACCGGUCAGACCAACAACGCCGCACACACCGCCUGCCAGGUUGCUCCCUCCAUCGGUCUCACCAAGUCCCGCCGCUCCAUGGUCUGUGACGCCGGUCGUACCGCCUGCGCUAUCGGUGGCGGUCCCAAGGUCCGCGCUUUCGAGUGCGUCGACACCAUGAACGACAUCCAAAGCUGCGGCGGAUGCUGGUCUACUGGUGCUGGCGUCGACUGCACUGCCUUUGACGAUCGGGCUACUGCUACAUGUGUUCGUGGUCAAUGCCAAUACCAAUGUCCUCUUGGUUGGGAAUUGUCAUCGACGGGGUGUGUGAAGAGCUCGGCGGGCGCAAAGAACGGAUCGGCCAAGUCAGCAGCGAUGGCGGGGGUUUGGCACAUCCAGGCCAAGGUAUGA